AUUCUCAUUCUCAACUUUUGAUUUCCUUGACCACUCACAAGUUCAACAAGAUGCCAAAUCGAAAGAAAGUACCAGAAGUGGAUUUGAUCAAAUUCCAUCAAUCACUUAUACCUGAUGUUUAUUUAACUGAUGAACAAAAGUUACAUUCAAAGCGAUUGGAUCGAUUGAUUCAUUCAUUCAGAACUCGAUAUCGACAUCCACCUUAUUUCUUUACUCGUUCACCUGGUAGAGUCAAUAUCAUCGGUGAACAUAUCGAUUACUGUGGUUUUUCAGUCUUGCCAACUGCUAUUGAAUUCGAUUUGAUGGUAGCAUGUUCAUUCGAUCAUCAACCCGAUUCAAGUUCUGAAGAUCAAUAUGAUAUACCUACGAUCAAACCGUUUUCACAAUUUGUUGAAGUUUCUUUAUCAAAUACAAAUCCUCAAUUUCAACCCCAUCAGUUCUCUUUUACGUUUGAUUCUAAUCAAACUCAUCAUCAUAUCCCUCGUUGUCCUACAGGUGGUUGGGUCAAUUAUGUCAAGGCUUCAUUAGAAUCAGUUUUAAACUCGAUAGAAAAUGUUUAUCAAGUUUCAGUUCCAUCCAAAAUUAAUCUUUUAUUUGAUGGGAAUUUACCAAUCGGAUCCGGACUUUCAUCAUCAGCUACAAUGACCAUUGGAUCAGUUUUGAGUUUUAGAAGAUUAUUGAGUCCUAAAUCAAAAGUCAUUAAGAAACAUUUGGUAAUCAAAUUAGCAAUCGAAAGUGAAAGAUCAUGCGGGAUUAGUGUAGGUGGGAUGGAUCAAACUGCUUCAGUUUUUGGUGAAAUCAAUAAAUUACUUUACAUUCAAUUCACUCCAGAUCAAAAAGUAAUCCCAAUUUCAUUUCCAACAAACCCUCCAAGUACAUUUGUGAUUGCCAAUAGUUUAAUCAAAUCCACCAAAUUAGAUGCAGCAAAACAUCAAUAUAAUCUAAGAGUCAUUGAAACUAGAAUCGGAAGUAAAUUGAUCAUAAAGCACUUUUUACCUAAAACUUCAUCACAAAAUCAAAUUAAUUUGAAAGGAAUCAUGGAUCAAAUUGGUUGGGAAACCGAUGUAAUGAAGCAUGAGGUAUUAGGUGAUGAAAACGGUUUAGAGAUUGGUCAGGUUUUGGAGAUGUUGGAGAUUGGGAUGGAUCAGUUUGUUAGUGAGGUUGAGGAUGGGAUUGAAGCUAUACCUUUGAAGGGUAGAUAUAUGGUUUUCAAUCGAAUUCGACAUGUUUUAACCGAAGCUAAACGUGUAGAAGAAUUUAAAGAUUUAAUUCUUAAUCAAACUUCUGAAACCGAACAUAUAUUGGAAAAAUUAGGAAACCUUAUGAAUCUAUCUCAUCAAAGUUGUUCAAAAGAUUAUGAUUGUAGUUGUCCAGAACUUGAUGAAUUGAUUGAAAUCGGUUUAAAAUAUAAAUCAUUAGGAUCACGUCUUACAGGUGCUGGUUGGGGUGGAUCUACCAUUCAUUUAAUUAAAGAUGAAGAUUUAGAUGGAUUUUUAAAUGUAUUAAAACAAGAUUAUUAUUUAAAACGGUUUCCAAAUUUAAAUCAAGAUGAACUAUCUUCAGCUUUAUUUACGUCUAAACCUAGUUCAGGUUCAUGUAUUUUAGAUUCAUCAUUUUUUCUUAUGUAAUCAUUUUGCUUUCUUUUUUACAAUUAUCUUUUUGUUUUGUUUUUAAGACAGAUGAUGUAUGAUGUAUUUUUGUAAAGGGGUUUGGUUGGUUUGGUUUCGUUUUUGAAAGGUUCGGUGAGCAGGAAGGUGUUUUGUAAGCAUUAUCUGAUGAGUAAACCAACGUUUCUCAUAUCAAUUGUCCAUGCAAGACUUCAUUUUACCUAUGC